AUGUCUAAUUCUAACAAUAGUACUAAAACCAAUGAUGAAAUAUCCACUGGUCACUCAGAUGAUUGGAGUGGUCUUGGUGGUGUGUGGUCUAGAAGAUUUCUGCAGGAAGUGAAUGCACUAAGCCCAAUGUUAAAUAAUAUUGUGAAUUCAGAACAUGCUGACUCUACCUUGUGCUAUUUUUGGUCUGAGGUGAUAUCGGAUAGGAAACAGCUUAGGCUAAAGAAUAUUCUUGAUACAGAAAGUCUUGAAUUGUUGGGUGGGUGCUCUCAUGAUAGCACCUUAGAUUUUGAGGACACAAAUUCAGUUACUACUGAGAUGGCCAAAAAGAUCAAAACCAAUAAAAAUGAAAAUGAAGAUGUGUAUUAUAAUUUGGGAGAAGAUGAUGAGAGUGAAAUCACACAGGGGGUUGCUGUUGGAAAUAAUUGUGGAUUAUUCAGUACAUAUGUUGGAUAUUGUUGUGUCAUUGAUCGAGUUCGUAAUGGUCGUCGCCGCCGUGCUAAUAAUUGUGAAGGUGCUGUAGUUGAAGGGGCUGAUAACGGGACAGUUGGCAAUGGGACAGAAGUUCUUCGCCCGGUUACCACCUGA